AUGCGUCCCGAUAGUCCAGCCUUCCGUCGAUCCGGGGUUGCGCUUCCGCUCGUACUCCGGGAGCGCUUGCGACUGCAACAGGGCCGUACGACUCCUGCCACGGUCGCGGUGUCACCAAGUGUCGCAUCGACGCACAUCUGGACGGCCGCCGCACUGGAAGAGCAACUCGUGAAACUCUCGCGCGCGACGGUAGAGAUUCAAAAACAGAUACAGCGGGGUGAAGAAACGUACCACGACGAGGCCGGCACGCACCACAUCUUUCGCGGAUGGGACGGGUUCAUUGACGCCCGCGACCCGGGGGGAAACGCCGGAGCCGCCCCCGUGCCGGGUGGCAGUCGUCGGAUGCCCGGGGACGCACGGUGGUUUUCCUCGUCGUGUACGAACAUUGCGCGGCACAUGCGACCGACACCCGUGGGUACAACAAUAGCGGUCGAGCCGACAUCCGAACAAGCGGCCGCGGCCGCCACGCAGAAUCGCAAGCGCAGUUUGGAAGUCUCGAACGAAGCAACGGAAAGACCUCCCGCGAAAAAAGAAAAACGCACAGAGGGGGACAAUAUGGAGGCGAUGGAAGAAGACGAUACCGGCAGUGCUUCUAAAGAAGAGGACGGCAACGAUAGCGAAGGGGAAGAAAAAGCUGAAACGAAAAGCAACGCAAAUCCUAUUGCAAGUAAGAAAAACGAGACUCCUCCGACUCGUCGGACGAAGCGGAAACGCAAGGGAUGA